AUACCACAUUGAAAAGCACAUCAAAUUACUGGAUCGACAUAAAGUUGUGAUUGAGAUUGAUAAGCAGUGACAUAAUCUCUUUAGUGUAUCUGCACGUUUUGCUCUAGGCUGAAGAAGAAGGAGAGCAGCAGAGACGUGAUGGUAGUGAGAGUGUGCAUCAGAAUCAAGAGGAAAGUCAAAGUGAAAUAGUAGAAAGUGUCCGCACGGACGGAGACGUCGUUUGUCUUGCGGUUGUUGAUCUGGAGAGCAGAGAUGAAACAACAGCCUCUAAAGGAUCAACUGCUAAGCAUCCAGAAGUGUUGAAACAGAGUGAAGUAUUGAAAUCUGUUUUGGGCAUCAGCUUGUCUCGUCAACCAGCUGCAGCUCCUUCUCGACCAAACAUGGCCAAAGCAAAGAACAAGUGUUCUGGUCUGAGUGACAAGACAACGUCGAAUGAUUCUGUUUUAGUGGAGGAAAUGCAGAGUGAGUCUUUAAUUGAAACACCCGUUCAGACUGCUGCCACGAAGCCCCCGCCAAAAAUGAAAUACAAUCAGGAAAAGAAGAAGAUGAAAAAGAAAAACAAGAACAAGAAACGUAGUAAAGCAAAGGAAGGAUUUGGAGGAAAUCCACCGAUUUCGUCAACUGAAAAAUGUGACGCUUCGCAGCCUUCUCUAAAGGACGGAUAUACCAUUAGUAGUGAAGAUGAGGAUGAAGAAACUCCACAUGCUGCUACUUGUAGUAGUGCAACUAAACGACCGGAUGAGUCUACAGGAGAACGAUUAUAUUUCUUUGCACAGUCGACACCACCUGCUAAUAAUAACAAAAGACAAUCAGCAGGUAACGAAGAUGAAACAAUGUCUCUACACAAGAAAGGAGCUUCUUUGCCUUCAGAGACGUUGAAAUCACAAAGAGGACUCUCUGGCUCUAGAAGAAGCAAGGAAAUAGCUGAACUACAACAGAAGCCACAAGAUGCGAUACAGCAAAGUGUCGACGAGCACAAAGUGUUGGAAAGCACAGAACGUGAGCAAGGAGCUCAGAAACAGAAACACGAAGACCAACAGGCCAAAGCAGCUGAAAAACUGCAACAGAAAGAGAAACCUUUAGCACAGGCACGAAACGAGGUCCCACAAAGACCUGAAAGUAUUGUCUUGCAGAACGAUGCGAUGUAUGAAGGAAUGCUCAGUAAGACACAAACCAAAUCUAAGUCAAAGGCGAGGUGUCAACAACAACCACUAUAUGGCGUAACAAUUCCAGGUGUCAGAAAUCCUCGGAAAGCAGCAAUACGCACAGCAAGUUCAGUGCCGGCAAUACUGACUGAAGGUCAGCAGUUAGUAGUGAAUGAAACGGCUGUCAUGGCUCUGACGUCAGAUAAAGAGAGGCGCAAAGAUGAGAAAGGCUCUAAAGGAACGAGAAGCUUGAGAGUGACAGACGUCAAGAAAUCGUGGGAAUUAAAAGGAUUGACCGUCCUGCUUAAGGAGACAGGUGAUCGUAUCAUACGCUCGGUGCUACAUCGCGAUACUUCACAAGCCUCAUCUGCUUAUUCAGAAACUCCGUCCGAAUUUCAAUUUAGCGAGGCCGUGUUGCGGCAGGGAAAGGCGGUGUGUUCAAAGUGUUUUAAGAAAAACGCAACUGUAAAGGAAAAGGACCCCGUACUCAAGACAUGUCCUGUUCAUCAAGACACUGCAUGGAAUCCAAUGUUGGUGUGGCCUUCAAAAGCUGGCUAUGUUCCGAUUCGGUCGAGACCAAGAAACGUUAUCGUGCAUUUUACACUCUGCCGGUAUCGUACUCGUUGCUUUUUCUCUGAAAGAUGUCCUCACCCGCACAGCGAAGAAGAACUGGAAGUGUGGACGUUGGACAGAGAUGGAGAGAGCUGGAAGUUUCGGCAGCCAAAGAAACUGUAUCUUUGUGAAAGUUUUCGGGUGUGGAAGCAUUGUUCCUCUGGUCAUGACUGUGAGUACGCCCACGGGAAAGGCGAACUAGACGAAUGGCGAAAAAGAAAACAUAUGUACCACAAACAUCUGAAAGGUCAAGAUGAAAACUCUGAUGAUAGAAUUGGAAUAUUCCUAAGACAAAAGGUGGCUGAAGAACUGCGAGCAGCUCGAGACGGCUGCGGGAGCUUUGAAGACUUGAUUGCUUUCAGUCCUCCCAUGUUUGUCGUUGUAUCUUGUGAACCAGGCGACAUUGUCUACAUACCGUCUACCGAUUGCACGGACGGCAGUAACUAUAAAAAAUUAUUUUUUCUGCGGUUAGAUUACUUGCCUGAAGCUAAAUGUCUCUUUCAAAAGGCGACACUAAUUGGAACUUCUGGCUGCUUUAAAUUUUUGCCUUCAAAGGAUUGUGUGUUGACCAGACCGGACAAUUCAGAAAUUGCUGCAAAAGAAACAUCUUUACGUAAAGGCAGCCAUGUGCUGAAAAUCGAGUUUACUUCACUCACUGAGCAAUCAUUUCGGCAAGACGUACUGCUUGAUUUUGGCAUCAAGCCUUAUCUAAUAAAGACUCUAAGAAUUGAGAUAGGAAAUAGUGAGGAAAUGAAUUUGAUCAAAGAGUUUCAUCAACAGAUGAAAAGUCAGGCAGAUGAGUGGAGAUUUGAUGCUGACGAUCUGUGUCAGGACUAUAUUGAUCGCACAAGAAUCGACGAGGAAGGCCUUAAAACGAAGCAUGCUCUUCCCAAAGAUCAAGAACUUAUGUCAUUGAUACAUACAGCUAUAGACGAACCCUUGUCUAUGACUAACUACCACUCACGUUUUCACACUCUUCUCUUUGUAGAAGAGAGAGCAAGCAUUGCUACUCUUAGCAGGUUUAAUAGACAAAGCACGACGAUGAAAAUUCGUCAAGACCCCGAAGGCACUUUGGGAGAAAUCAAUUUACAUCACCGGCCUCCAUUUAAUUCAACGACCAGUGCAUUUAUUCGUCGUCUUAACGACUGUGUCGUGUUUGAAUUAAAAAUUCAUAAAAUACAAGGCGAAAUACUUUCUCUUCUACUUCCACGCCAGUUCUUUAUUGACACUGGCAUUAUGACAAAUUGUGACGUACAAGUUGAUUUUCUACUUACAUUUGAUAGAACCCACUACGUUAACUUACACAAAGCUGUUGACUACCUGAGCAGUGAAAUUGUUUCACAACGUUUGAUUGCAAAUCCUCUUCAUUCUAAGGCUUGCAAUAUUGAUCCACGCCGGAUGGUUCGCAUCCGAUCUAUACAUAACCUUAACAAUGAACAACAGAAAGCAGUGAAAAGAAUUGUGUGCCAACGUGGAACUCUUCCCGUUAUUGUCGAUGGACCGCUUGGAACGGGGAAAACGCAUCUUUUAACGGAAGCUGUUCGAAUCAUUCUUGGUCGCUCCACGGACUGUCGCAUUCUGAUUUGCACUCAAUCGAAUCAUGCUGCAGACCUUUAUGUCACGAAAGUGGACGAUUUUAUUCAGCAGCAAUCGCGUGCAACCGUUCAUCUUCACAGAAUUUACUACAAACACUACAACCCAAAUUGUAUUGAUCGUAACAUUUUCGAUGUCGUUUAUCGCCAUUGUAAAUUUGAAAACAAUCAAUUUAUUAUGCCAGACAUAAAGACACUUGAAAAUUCGGGCCGUCUUGUCGUCAUUACGACUCUUGUUACCUCAAUGCAGUUGAGAAAGCUCGACCUUCCGAAACGAUUUUUUACUCACAUUUUUAUAGAUGAAGCGGCUCAAGCUACGGAGCCGGAAACAAUAGCAGCUCUCGGCUUUGCCAGUGACAGAACGUGUGUUGUUAUGGCUGGUGAUCACAAACAAAUUAAUCCUCUUAUUCAUUUACCUGUUCCACGAAUGGGCAAGCUUCAUUACUCUCUCUUUCGUCGUUUGUACAAAGAUCUUCCUCCUGUAUUCGAUCUCAAAGUGGAUUUAGUCGUCAAUUACCGUUGCCACUGGGACAUUCUCAAUCUAUCAUCUCGUCUAUUCUACCACACUGAUGUCGUAGACGAAAGCAACGCUAAGGGUCCACAAACUUGUCAUCCUAACUUUCCACCAGUCAGCUUCUGUGCUACGUCUAAAACUCAGUCAAAGCAAGCAGGAUAUGAUGGAUCGUACUACAAUCCGAAAGAAGCUGAAGCUGUUGUCAAGUACGUAAAGGAAAUAUUAGAUGAUUGGCCGUGGUGGCCUUACAAAGACAACGAUCUAUGUGUUAUUACAAGUGAAAGAUGGCAGGCUCGCUAUAUUGGGAUUCUUCUUCGUGACUUUGACAAGAGAGUCGACGUAUUGACUGCUGGUGUUGUUCAAGGUCGUCAGUUCCGCGCUUGCGUCAUAAGUACCGUUCUGACAAAAGACGGAUUCCGCGAACGCGGCACCUCGGACGAUACCGACUUCUUAUCAAAUCGCAAGCUGCUCAACACUGUCAUCACACGGGCUCAGUCUCUCGUUCUCGUCGUCGGAGAUCCCUUAUGCUUGUGCACGUGCGGAAAACUCGAUCAGUUAUGGCUGCAGUACAUUGCCUAUUGCCAUGACAACAGAGGAUGUUUUGGAACGAUGUCAUUUGAGGAGCUGCAAAUCGCUUUGGGGAUUCUCCACACAAAACUGAAUCCCGAAUCGCAGGAGUUUGUUCCGACUUCAGAUAGCGCGGCACAUUUCUCUCGACGUGUCGACAACACUAUAAAAACUUGUACGGAUAAGACGUCAGAGAGGGGUAGCGAACAACAUUGCAGUGUCGCCUACAAUGGCGAAUUAGAGCACGACAUGGUAGAAGAGUAUCGCCAUCAAGUGGCACAAAGCAAGAUCGAACAUGAGAGACUGCAAACGUCUUCUAAAGCGAUCAUUCAACCGGUCGAAAAGGGAAGCGGAUACGAAUGGCAAAUUGUCGACGACUCAACAGUUGACGAUCGAGUAAAGUACGAAAGUUCUGUUCUAUACGAGGAGCACUUGAGAGGAAAUGCUCGUUUCGAAGCGAUCAAACGAGAGCCAAAUAAAUAUUUUCGCUGUCGCUUGCAUGUGACGAACGGAGACGACGCCGUAGCCAUCGCUUACAAAAUACCAAACAUGGAAAUAUCAAUCAGAGGAUGGAAGAGAAGAAACCGAUCCUUUGAUGGAGAAGAAGUUCUCGUACGGUUAGACGACACGUCACGUGGUCGAAAGGAGAUUACGUCGCGCAACGGUACAGUUGUUGGUAUCUUUCAGGAGGAGAGACCGAGUGAAUGGGUGUGUGUUCUAUCUAAAAGAGGCAAAAAUAUAUUGUUGCCGCUAGACAAAUCGUUCCCUUGCAUAAUUAAUCUUCCGCGGAACGUUCAAGAGAACGGAAUUGCGAUUUUCAAGAAAGGAGUGAGGAGACAUAGGCCUACUUCCAUCGAGCCGAUUAACUUUAUUCCUGUGAGAGAGGCGUCGUGCAAACUCUUUAUUGUUCAAUUUCUAAAGUGGAGAAUCGACUGCAUGCACCCGUUGGGCAUUGUUGUUGAAGUCUUGCCUUUUGCUGUGACGUUAGAAUCUGGGAUAGACAUUUUGUCUCGCCAAUAUUUUUCAAGCAGAAUUGACGAUGCGUUGAGUCAAGACGCUGAGAACGACGUCACGAAAUUUUCACGCUCUAUUUCACCUAAAGAGUACUUUGCUCGCGGCAUGCCGUUGACAAAUGCUUUUACCAUUGAUUCAGCAAACUCCACAGACUUAGACGAUGCUCUCAGCUUUGAGCAAGACGCAGAGACCGGGAGUUGUCGAGUCUCUGUUUACAUUUCCGACGUUUCUUAUUUCUGCCGUUUUGGAUCGAGUCUGGAUUAUUACGCAUUUACAAUGGGGACGACAUACUACGACCAAGAAGGUCGAAGAAAACUUGACAUGUUUCCAAAACGGCUCAGCCCGGAUCUCUUCAGCCUUCUACCUGGUGUCGAUCGUCUGGCAAUUCGCGUUGGUUUUGAAUUCGAUCGCAAUGCCAAGCUAGUUCGAUUGGACUACAGUCGAUGCAUUGUUCGUUCUAAACGCAAACUCUCUUACGAAACAGUUGAAAAGAUAAUUAGCGGAAGCUUAACUGCUGCGAUUGACGAAGAAUUGACUGACGAAAUACGACGUCUUUAUGAUUUGAGUGUUUGUUUAAGGCGUCAACGGUUAGGCGGAACGAGGUACCAUUUGCAGGACAGAGAGACUGCAGGGUGUCAGCGAGCGCAUGCCAUGGUGGAAGAGUUUAUGCUGCUGACUAACAAAACAGUGGCAGAGAGUCUGAUUAAGAAAUGUCGCGCGAUCACUCCACUAAUCGCACAAGGCUCUCCAGACUCUGCCAAAGUUGAAGAAUGGAUCAAAUUGUUUGGAGGCUACUUUGAUUCCUCGUGUGCACUUAGCGAAAUCGCUAACAAACUGACCAUUGGUUCGCAGCUUACGACAAUUGAUGAAGGUUCAUGCGGGCCUAUUACGAUAUCUCGACGUCAGUGGCGUGACAUUCAACUGGCAACAGAGAUCGAAGAUGACUCUCGUCGUAGGCAUCAGCUACGUCUAUUUUUAUGCACAGAGUCGCUCUAUCCUCAGCUAGCCAUAGCGCAUACGGGAUACCAUCGAUGCCUUAAGCGAUCUUUGCUUGUCUGCGCUGAUCACAAUGACGAGGCGGUUAUUCGGCACAAUCAUCUGGGAUAUCAAUAUUACACUCAUUUUACUUCUCCCAUCCGCCGUUAUAUCGACAUCGUUGCACACCGUUUACUGAUAGCUUAUGAUUUUGGUUUAGAAGACAAUGACGGAAAUCUCUAUACUGAAGAAAAAAUUAAUAAGAUAUGUUGUCAUUGCUCGAGAACUCGCGUUUUGGCUCAACGGUAUCAACGAGAAAUGGAUCUGUUCGGCUUUAGCUGUUCAGUCUUUAACAGUCCGGUCCUUACGACAGCCGUUGUACGGUCGGUAUCAGCGGGAUCGAUGGAAUUGUAUUUUCCCGACUAUCCUAAUCUUACUGGAAAAGCCACUGAAAUUCGAUUUUCCUCUUUGAAUCCUAAACAUAUUUCUACAUAUGAGAAUGGCAGCGUAACGGUUACGUGGUCUAUUAAAGUUGUUCAGCAUCCUUUACUAACAGAAAAGAAACAAUACAGAAACAAACUUCCGCACGACGACUACUACAGUAUACCGAUUUGUGAAUGGAAGCAGUUACUUCUUCUUUCCUUGUCAGAGAGUAGUAAACCGGAUGAUCUGAUUCGCCGUAUCCGGCACAUCGAAAACAGCGUCCACACUUCUAGUUCUUGUUUUGAUGCUCAAGGCGACCUUUAUUCUGCAACCGGCACAGGCAAAGAAGAUAUUGUUGAUUCAAAUCACAAAGGCUACGACGAAGUCUCAGAUUCAUCCGAUUUGGAUGAAUACUUUACAUGUGAUGAUUCAUCCGAUUUGGAUGAAUACUUUACAUGCGAUGAAUAUAUGACGAUGAGCGACGAAAGUGCAGACAAAGGCAAGUUGCAAAGUUUUCAACUGCCCAAAAUACAGCUGGCACAUAGCACUGUACCAGUCAGGCCCAUGGCUCGUCUAAGAAAAAAAUCGAAACAGAGUUAUCGGAAAGUAUUUUGUUCAAUAUCACAGAAAUACAUGACCGGUAGUCUCUUUUCGCUGCAACUUAGCGCACGUGUAGGUCGCGGAAUGCUAACACCUGUUAUUCAACUUUUUCCCUUGCCGGGUAGUGUGCCGGCCGCCGUUUGUGUCGAGCACUACAGCAAACCAGCUGAUUGCUUCGUCGAGAGUCUUCCUCACGGUCACAAUUCUUCAAGAGACCGUUAUCACGAUAUUAUAGACUAUGCCAAUUCGUGGUUACCUGUUGUGGACCACGAAUCUGCAACAUCUUGUGUCAAGGACUCUUCAGACUACGUGUUAGUAAGUGGUACAUCUGUACGUUGGACGAGAACUGUAGAAAAGGUCAGCUCUAGUGGAGAAAUUACAUUGACAUCUUCGUUUUCGAGGCAAUACAGUCUGGGAUGUAGGGAAGGUGACUUUCUUUGCUUGAGUUAUAGCAACUUAGUCGCUCAGAAAGCCCGCUUCUGCAUUGAUGGUGAUAAAGUGGAUAGCUUGUUAAAGGGCAGCUCUUCUAAAGAAGUCGUACACACAGACACUGAUCAAUGCGUCGUACACUGUAGAGUCGUGGACAGCAAGGUGGAAGACAAGCCUGACAUUGAGGGUGCGCCGUGUCGGCAGUUUUUGAAAGUAAAGACUUCUGGCGAACGACAGGCUCUUCCAGAAAUGCUGUUUAAUAGCAAAGUACCGGUUCUGUGCACCGCUCAAUUCAUAUCACAAUGUUUACCAUUUAUGAGAAUGAGACAAGCGUUACAAGUCAUUUGUUCAGAGGACUACAGCAAUGAUGUUGUCAAGAGUCUGUGCUCGGGUGAUUUUUCUAGAGUUACAUUUGACUGCCGCUACAGUGGAAAUACAUCAGAGAGUGAUAGAAUGGUUGUGUCUGAGGGAUUGUCGUUGUCUGAAUCACGUCGACCGCUGAAUAAGAGUCAGUUUAUUGCAGUGAAACUGGCAAUGAAACAAGACAUUACUCUAAUACAAGGACCACCAGGCACUGGCAAAACAGUGACUGGAGCUCACAUAGCGGUUCACUUUCUACGUCAAUACGCCAGCUGCAGUGGUACGGGCAGUGACGAUAAGAUUCGCGUGUUGUAUUGUUGUCCGUCCAAUCAGACAGUAGACAACAUCACAGACCUGCUCAAGAACGGUUCUAAAUCAACAAAAAUAUUACGAGUUUAUGGAGAAGGCAUUGAAAAGAAACGUUUUCCCGGCAUCUCGAUAUUUGAAGAGUUUGCUUCUCCAUCCAACAAGCAACUGACAGUAGACACCAGACGACAUAUAGACGUUGCUUUACAUUACAGAAUUCGUAACAAAGAAACGUCUUCGUACGCAGAGUCUAUUAAGACAUGCGAAGAUGAGUUUAAACAACUGAAGAUGAAAGAGGAGCUGCCGACCGAAAGCCAGAUUAGUCACUAUAAAGUCAUCGUUUCAGCUGCUGAACAAGAGCAGAUUAAUAGGGCGGACGUACUUCUCUGUACUUGCAUUCAGGCAGGCAGUCGGAGAAUGGCAAAGAACUCUGUUGCUUUAUGUAUCGUCGACGAGGCAGGUCAAAGUCUUGAACCUGAAACUCUUGUGGCGAUUUCUCGAGCAAGAAGGAUCGUACUGAUAGGAGAUCAUAAACAGUUGCGACCUGUCGUGCUGAACAGAAGAGUACAAAGGCAGUUGUCUCGCUCCAUGUUUGAGCGUAUUGCUGAAAGUGCAUCAGUGAAGGAAAAAAAUCGAGUUCACAUGCUGAACGUUCAGUACAGAAUGCACGACGACAUCUGUCAAUUCCCAUCCGAACAUUUUUACGAAGGAAAACUUGAGACGGCUCCGGAAGUAGCAGGACGUACGCCAGACGGCAUCGCCUUUUGGAAUAACUUGUAUCCUGGGUCGAAGCUCGGUCGUAAAAGACAGAGGAGAAAAUGUUUUAUUCACGUCGAGGGAGAAGAAAGAACGAAUCCUGUGUCCGGAGAAAGAACGGGAGGCGAAGAAUCGAAGUACAACCCGAUGGAAGCUGACAUUGUGGUAAAAAUCGUAAAACGAAUGACAAAACACAGAUGCAGAGCGUCAGACAUCCGUGUCAUAACACCAUACACAGCUCAGAAGGCCUGCAUUGAAAACAUUUUGACACAAUCAGCACAAACCAAAGACGUUGAGGUAUCAUCUGUCUUUGCUAGUCAAGGCAGUGAGUCCGAGUUCAUUAUUUUGUCGACAGUCCGUUCGUUACCAAACCAAGAUCUAGUCGAUUUUAGUUCUAACAAAUGGAUGAGAGAACAUUUCGGAUUUAUUGCGGACGAACAUCAGAUGAACGUUGCUCUUACGAGAGCAAAGGAAGGCUUGAUUAUAGUUGGUAAUGGCAAUCUGCUCAACUUGCAUUCAAUGUGGAGAAAACUUAUUGCUCGUUACAAGGAUGACGGCUGCUACAUGAAAAACUGGAAAUCGAUUCCCUCACGACUGUAAGCUACGUGUGCACACAAUUAGUAUGUUAUGACUGUUAACGACUUUCAGUUUAUGUGCAGUUAUACUUAUACUCGUAUUUGAGUAUUAGAACCGCCAAACGCACUGAGCUAAAAAGAAGUGAUUGCACAUAUUUUAGACAUAUUUUAGUCUAUGCACGGAAUAUAUGAUAAAACUGUGAGAUUAAUAGAGUAUUUCAACUG